CUAGCUAGCUUUAGAAAAACCAACUUGGUUUUCUCUCUUUCUAUCCUCUUCUUCUGUGUUUGUGUAUGUGUGUGUCUGUGGUUCUGUCUGUCUCUGUGUGUUUCUCUCUCUCUCUCUCUCCCCUAAACCGCCUAGCUACAUGCGCUGCUUAAAUUAGCAAAGGCUUUAAGGCUUAAAGGUGGUAUGUAGUAGUAUAGGGGUAUGAGAGCAACUUUUCCUUUUUUUUCUCACUGCCCCUUCAGUUAAAGUAGAGAGGCAACUCUCAGCUCUGGUGUUUUCCAUGGUUAAAGCAGGUUUAUAGCUCAACCUCACUGCGACAGUUUCCUCUUUUUCUCUCCUAUAGCUUCAGCUUCUUCUCCUCCUGCUCACUGAUUUUCCUCAAUAAAAAUAUAUUUGUAUUUUCUAUCUUGGGUGCUUAUUUUCUCAUUUGGGUUUUCCAAAAUUUAUUCUUUUUUCAUAUUGGUUCCAGUUUCCGCCAAGGAAACAACUUUCCAAUCUGCAAAACUUGUGUUUAUAUUUCUUUUCAUAUAAAGAUUUUGUUUUUGAUAUUUUGUUUUCAUACUUCAUCAGCUUGAUGAAGCUGUACUUCUUGCUUGAGAAAGGCUCUAUAGUUUGUUCAUAUUUUGAUCUUUCAUCAAGUUCCUGAACCUAUCCAACAAAUAUAUAUCAAUCAAAUUCCUUGCUUUUUAUUUUUUAUUUUUGAAGAGUACCCUUUUGUGCACACAGUUGAUAUAUCGAUCGAUAGAUCUCAAUCGAAGUUGUGUAUGAUUUCUGUAUAGAGAGCAAGCAGCUGGGAUAUGAGCAGCAGGCUGUUUUACGAGGAUGGUGACAAUUUCAUAUGUAAGUUGAUGAGUUUGAGAGAAAGAAGAUAGCAUCCAAUCCUGGACGUUGAAAAGAGCAAUGAAUAAGAGUAAUUUGGGGUCCAUCAGAAGCUCUGAUCUCAUUGAUGCCAAGCUUGAAGAGCAUCAGAUGUGUGGAUCCAAGCAGUGCCCCGGUUGUGGACACAAACUCGAAGGAAAGCCGGAUUGGUUAGGUCUACCAGCAGGAGUGAAAUUUGAUCCAACAGACCAAGAACUGAUUGAACACCUUGAAGCAAAGGUAGAAGGCAAAGACACCAAGUCUCACCCUUUGAUUGAUGAGUUCAUCCCUACAAUUGAAGGAGAAGAUGGGAUUUGUUACACCCAUCCUGAAAAACUUCCAGGAGUCACAAGAGAUGGCUUGAGCAGGCACUUCUUCCACAGACCUUCGAAAGCUUACACAACUGGGACAAGAAAAAGAAGAAAAAUCCAAACCGAAUGUGACUUGCAAGGAGGGGAAACAAGGUGGCACAAGACAGGCAAGACCAGGCCAGUCAUGGUGAAUGGCAAACAAAAAGGGUGCAAGAAAAUCCUGGUCCUCUACACCAACUUUGGGAAAAAUCGAAAACCCGAAAAGACGAAUUGGGUGAUGCACCAAUACCAUCUUGGGCAGCAUGAGGAAGAGAAAGAAGGAGAGCUUGUGGUGUCAAAGAUAUUCUAUCAGACACAGCCCAGGCAAUGCAACUGGUCUGAUAGAGCAAGCGCAACUACUGGUGAAGGAAGCAGUGAUAUUGUGCCUGCUAAUAGCAGACGAGAUAGUGGCAGUGGGAGUUGUUCUUCUAAAGAAAUAAUACCACCCCAUUCUCAUUCUCAUUCUCAUUCUCAUAGAGAGCAUGACCAAAUGUCUGCAGUAGCAUCUGGGGUUGCAGCUGCUGCUCCUAUUUCAAGUUACAGUGCCAUGGACAUUCAUCAGUUGAAAUCAGACCACUUCAGCUUUGCCCCAUUCAGAAAAAGCUUUGAUGAGGUGGGGAUAGGAGGAGAGGCUUCAACAGCAAGGGAAGGACCGGCAUCCGGCACGUGCGAAGAGAUGAGAGGGGAGCACCACCACCAGAGAUCAGUACCACAGCCUCAUCAUCAUCAUCAUCAUCAUCAUAUGGCCCAUGAAGUAGUACCUGAUCACCAUCAGCAUGAUCAACAUCAACAACAGCAGCAGCAACUACAUCAUCAACAAAUUGCUACAGCUUUCCACAUCAGCCGUCCUUCACAUCCCAUUUCCACCAUCAUCUCUCCACCUCCUCUCCAUCACACCUCCAUCAUUCUUGACCAAGACUCUUACUCUCGAAUCAUGCUCCAAAAUGAAAAUUUCCAGGCGCAACAACAGCACCAGCAACAACAACAACAACAACAACAGCAUCAUAAAAUAGGAGCAAGGUCUGCAUCUGGUUUGGAGGAACUCAUAAUGGGCUGCACCUCCAGCAGUAAUGUAAAAGAAGAGUCAUCCAUGCCAAACCCUCAAGAGGCAGAGUGGAUGAAGUACUCUUCCUUCUGGCCUGACCCUGACAACCCAGAUCAUCAUGGGUAGAAGAGAAAACCCAAAAGAAAAAAAGAAAAAAAAAAUUCAAUAGAGAGAAUAAUAAACACACCCUCAUCAAAGUCACAGUCACAGGCUCACAGACAGACAAAGUCAUUAUCCUCAUCAUCACCACCCUCUCCCCCGCAAGUUCCUUUCAAACGUGAGAGGCCAAAGAAGUUGGUUUGGUCAUCAACUUUUUCUUUCUUUUCUCUAUCUUGGGGGGUCUCUGGCUAGCUAAGCUCUCUCUCUCUCUCUCUCUUGGGUUUCAACUGAAUUAACUGAGCAAACAGUCCAUGUUGGAAAGGAAAGAGAGAAAAAAGAAGAAAAGGAGAAAACAAGGAAAAGAAAAAACGAAGAAAGGCUGCUGCUCUCGUCUUCUGACAAAUAGAAGGAGAACCAAAGACCCAAAGCAAAUCCAAUAUUAUUCUGCAUGAAAAUCAUCACCUUUAUCAUUACACAAUACCAUCUUUAUGGGUUAUUCUUAUUAUUAUUUUAUUUAUUUUGAAAAUGUUUGUAUAAUGUUUCUUUCUUUCUUUCUUGUUCUUUACAGAGAAAAAAAAAAUACCAAAGAGUUUGCGCCAAUUGCAACAUAUACUUCGUUAAUUGUGCUUUGGUUAGUGAGAUGACUUUGUUAGUAAAGAUAUAUCAAUAGAAAUGAAAAUGUGUUAUUAUAUUAAGACAAUAUCGUUGUUCA